CCCCCGUCUUCGUCAUCCUUCGUGGAACGACAUAAAACAGACCCUGUAUACCUUCAUGUCACAACGGAAGUCAAGCUAAAUGCUUUGGAGUUGAACGAUACCAUCGCCUACAUGCAUUCCAAAAAAUGUUCAACAAAAUGGUGCUAUACGUGGAUCAUAACGCCAUCUUCAAUCAAGGGAUCCACAUCACUGGUGGCUCACUCAUCGGGUGACUCAUCUCGAGCUCACGAGAAUUUUUCUUCUUGUCUUGCGACAGCUAAAUGCUUUGGAGUUGAACGAUACCAUCGCCUACAUGCAUUCCAAAAAAUGUUCAACAAAAUGGUGCUAUACGUGGAUUCUUGCAGCUCUGGCUCUAUGUUUCGCGAUGUUCUUCCUUCAAAUAUGGAAAUCUACCUGACAACAUCAUCCAACGAAGAUGAACCAUCCUAUUCUUUGUUUUGUUCGGACAAGGAAAUCGAUGUUUGUCUAGCGGACGAAUACUCGUACGUCUGGGUUAUAGAUUCAGAAUUCAAUGACCUAAAAACGCAUACACUGGAGGAACAAUACACAAUGGUGAAAAAGAAUACAGCAUUGAGUCACGUGAUGAAAUACGGCGAAAUGGCGAUGGGAAGCCUCCCAGUUGGAAAAUUCCAAGGUCAUUAUGAUCUACUGAUGGACCGGAAAGAUGGAGCCAUAGCAUCAAAUGCUGUAGGUAGAAAGCCCUCUUGCCAGGCGCAUUUGUUUUCAAAGUUCCGACGCUUGGUGGAGGCCGCAACCGAAGACGAACAUGAUAGCGCUUGGCGAAAGCUGCACCGUGAACUUCCGCUUGGCCUCAUCGUCAAGGAAAUGUCCAGUGACAUCGUCAUGGAUGUGACAACCCAACAUAAGCCAACGCAAAAGUUAUUGUCCAAGAGGGAUGAGCUCGUGUGUUUCAAGGCAGUAUUCGAUCAAUUCCGAGCGCACUGCUUCACAAUUCGCCAGGCAAGUUGA